GGUGAGUGGAGCCGGGCUGGAAGGAGCUGCGGCUGGAGGGAGGGACUCCUGGCUUCCCGGGGCGGCGGGUGGGGGCUCGGUCACCCAUGGGGGCGGGGAGGAGGAUCGGCGCGGCUUCCGGGUUGCUGCCUUUCCCGGGGGUCUGCCCCGCUGACAUUCUGUGCCCGCCCCUCGCCCUGUCUCCCCGUGCCCAUCGCAGCUGUCAGGCCCUGCGGGCUUCCGCCGCUGUCACUCGCGCACAGGUUACCCCGUGGCUCCCUUUCUCUUCACUUGCUCAUGCCCCAGCUAAUGGGAAACCUGUUUUCUGACCUCACUUCCCCUGCUCCACUUCUGCCUUGCUCGGAUUCUCUGAAAUCUGACCCUUUCCAGGGGCACUGUGACAACAAGAAGGAGGGAAGAAGCAACCUUACCCCUGAGCAGGCUCCCGUCCCGCCCAUGCCCCACCCGUGGCAGGGGCCAGGGUUCUCUGAUGGACGGAGCACAACUCGUCCGUGUGCCCUUGGGCUACUCAUUUUUAUAACAUGGCCCCUUUUCUGUUCAUCAGCACUGGCUGCAAAAACUUCCUUUUGCAGGUCCCUUGCUACCCGUAUGUGUGAAGAAAAGGGGGAAAUGAAAGCCCUAGAACGCAGACUCCAGUGGGCAUGGGAUCAUCCUGGAACCAGGAGAAACGAGGUUAGGGCUACCACCUUAACUGCCCAGGUGCUGGCUCUGCGUGAACAUCUUAGGAAAUGCAGGCUGAGGACAGGUCACAAUUUGGGUCUGCAGCAAAAAUGCUUUCAGAACAGACAGCAGCUCUGGGGACAGGAUGGGAAUCAAUCAAUGUACAGCUGGAUGGAGCAGAGCCCCAGGUGGAAAGGGGAAGCAAGGAAGAGGGGCCAUGGAGAACAGCACCAGGGCCUCUGGAGCACCUGUGCUGCGACCUUGAAGAGGAGCCACAGUCCCUUCAGGAGAAGGCUCAGUCUGCUCCCUGGGUUCCUGCAAUUCCCCAGGAGGGGAACACUGGAGACUGGGAGAUGGCAGCUGCACUUCUUGCAGCUGGAUCACAGGGCCUGGUAACCAUCAAGGAUGUGUCACUGUGCUUCUCUCAGGAGGAGUGGCGGAGCCUGGACCCCUCUCAGACAGACUUUUAUGGAGAAUAUGUCAUGCAAGAAAACUGUGGGAUAGUAGUCUCUCUGAGAUUUCCAAUUCCCAAACUGGACAUGCUUUCUCAACUAGAAGGAGGAGAAGAACAAUGGGUCCCUGACCCCCAGGACUUAGAGGAGAGGGACAUUCUGAGGGUCACAUAUACAGGAGAUGGAAGUGAGCAUGAGGGGGAUACCCCUGAACUAGAAGCAGAACCUCCCAGAAUGUUAUCCAGCGUUUCUGAAGAUACUGUUCUCUGGAACCCAGAGCAUGAUGAGAGCUGGGAUUCCAUGCACAGGAGCUCCAGAGGAAUGCUCCUGGGGCCCCCUUUUCUUCAGGAAGACAGCUUCUCAAACCUGCUGUGUAGCACAGAGAUGGAUUCCCUGUUAAGACCCCACACAUGCCCCCAAUGUGGGAAACAGUUUGUGUGGGGCUCCCACCUUGCCAGGCAUCAACAAACACACACUGGGGAGAGGCCCUACAGCUGCCUCAAGUGUGAGAAGAGCUUUGGGCGAAGACAUCACCUCAUCAGGCACCAGAAAACCCACCUACAUGACAAGCCCAGCAGGUGCUCUGAGUGUGGUAAGAAUUUCCGAUGCAACUCCCAUCUGGCCAGCCACCAGAGAGUGCAUGCAGAAGGCAAAUCCUGCAAGGGCCAAGAGGUUGGAGAGAGCCCUGGCACAAGGAAACGGCAGCGUGCCCCACCUGUGCCAAAGUGUCACGUGUGCACUGAAUGUGGGAAGAGCUUUGGCCGAAGGCACCACCUUGUGAGACACUGGCUGACCCACACUGGGGAGAAGCCCUUCCAGUGCCCUCGCUGUGAGAAGAGCUUUGGCCGAAAACAUCACCUGGACAGGCAUCUGCUGACCCACCAGGGACAAAGUCCCCGGAACAGCUGGGACAAAGGAACAUCUGUCUUUUGAAAUCUGUUUCCACUACAGCUAUGGUCAAGUCUUUCAGCUGGUGCUACUAGGAGUCACUGCCAGGGCUGCCGUUCUUCUGAACCCCAGGGGCCAGAAUCAUGAGCCCUAACGCCAUCCCUAGAAAGAUGAGGUCCCAGCAGUGGCCAGAGCAUUUCUCACCAGUUCUGUGAGAUAGCACAUAAAAAUAGAGUUCUUUGGGCAAAACUUUUGGGAAGCAAUGCAUCCUACGUGGGCUGAUAUUCAGCCUGAGCCAUUCUCGAGAGGAGAGUGGUACUGGCAGUUUAUGGCUGAAAUCCAUUCUGAUUUGUUGGAGUCUAUGCUAUACCAAUUGUUAAAUAUUUUGAGUAUCACUUUUGCAUACUGUUACUAUUUUCUCUCUAUAUAUAGAGAAAGGCCAUUUUAGCAUAGUAAAGGCUCUGAAAAUUUCUGCAGUAGACCAAACUGAAGAUUCUAUUAAUGCAGUGUUUCCUAAAUGUAUUUGACCUCAGUAUCCUUUCUAUUUGCAUCCCACAGAACUGGUGACUAUGAAACACUCUGGUGAACACUGGGUUAGAGAGUAAUGAGGAAAUGAGACUUAGUGAUCAGGCGUCCAGAGCCCCUCCUUUUAUCCAUAUGAAAGCCAGCGGGGCCAGGCCUUGUUUCUGUGUGGGUCUGUCUGCCUUACUCCAGUCAGCGGUAUAUACAUCUACACCUCUCACCCUCACCUGCUGAAAAACAUAAUAACCUUUUUACCCCUUAUUCCUACUCCCUUCAUCCUGCACAUACAUAUAUCCAGCUGAGAAAUCACACUACAAGGCUAAGAGAUGACCUAAUACCCCCAAAUAACCCAGGUCCACACAGAAAAAAAAAAAAAAAAAAAUUAUCCUCUUGAGCAGACCCCUCUCUCCUCUUGACUGUCUUUUUGUGUCUUGUGUAUUUGUGUGCAGGGUCUUCGAAGAGAGCAUGCUAUGUGCAAACUGUACAAGCUAGGUUUUCUAGGGGCUGUGUUCUGGGGAUGAGGGUAGUGGGGAUUAUAUGGGUUUCUGUUUCAAGACAGGAAGCAGUCUGAUUAGGGAGCACUAGUGGAAAGGGUUAAAUGACAGGUUAAGUUGUGGGAGUUGAGUACAAAGCUUUCCCAGUUACUGCUGAGAUCAAGACAGUUGUGAAUGUGUGUGUCCUAGGUCUGAAUCUCUGGGCUGCAGGUUGCUUUUAACUGGGCAGAGAAAAGUCUGGGGAGGUGAGCUGUUUCUUGUUGAUUUCAGGCAAGAGGCACAGAAACUUUGUAUUGACUGGGGAUUUUGUUUUAAGUGCUGGAAAAUUAGAGCAGGAAUUACCAUGUUUGCAAGUUGUUGCCAUCACUCUUGUUUGACUUUGCCUCAUCAAGGGGCAAGAGUUAUUCUUGAAGAUCUCAUUCUCCCAGAAACAGAACUUUAGGGGAAAUGGCUGUGGCUUAGCUUUUCAGCUGAUGCAGGGUAAUGAGCUUUCUGGUUGGUUUUCCUUCCAUUUCUGGAAAGAUGUCCACACUGAGACCCUUAACUCUAGGACUUGCAUAAGUAUUCUAGCAUCGUUAGUUGGUGAUUUUUUCUCUUUAUCAAUGAUUGUGUUAAUAUCAAUCUUAUAACUUAAAAAUCGUCUUGUAUGCAAGAGCAGUUUGGUGUUAGGGAGGAAGAGGAGCAAAGUGGGAUAUUUUCUUUUUAAUGCUUAGAUAUUGUUUCUUCCCUAAGAUGUGUUUCGCAACCACAAUUGGUGGAGUGAACCAGAGAGGCAAGAGGAAGUGAGUUGCAACAAUUUAGUUUAGUGACUGUGCCUUUUGCAGGAAAAACUGGGUGAAUCACAGCUCCUCAGAGUCCUAGACUCAGUUAGAAUUGAAGAUAGACUUAUUUUGCUGACUGGGCUUCUUAGAGUUUAUGUGACUUGAGCAGCUUGGCCCCUGCCCCCUGCUACUCUGAGCAGCCUUCCUUCUUCCUGGAAUGCACUUCUCUUGUUUAUGAUCCUAUGAAUAAGGCAAAAUGGCCGGCCUUUGUAAGGCAGGUCUUGCCCUAGGUUCUCAGAAUCAGGAGCAUUUUAGGAUCAGUAUUAGGAAAUGCCCCAGGGAGUAAGAAAGCAUUGGGUUCUGAUAAAUCUGGACUCUGCCACUUCUUUUACUCUCCCUCUUUAAGACUAAAAGCUCUGCAUAAGCAAUGGUUCAGAACAUGUCUUGGGUACAGACCUGUUGAAUCUGACAGAAACCAGAAACGCACUUUUGAGAAAAAGACAUUUGUAAUUCACUCAGUUUUCCAUACACAUUUAGCAGGUUCAAAGCCUAUCUGUGGAAUCCCUAAACUGCCUUCAAAGAAAGGGAGUUACCCUGAUCUAAAAUGGUCAUUAUAUAUUUGUGUCAAGAGGCAAGGGUCACUAAAUAUUUUAAGGAUUAAGGUACCAGAGGCAUCAGUGUAUAAGGAUAUAGUCUGGUCUUUAAUUAUGACAAGGGUAUUGAUUACAUUCUACUCUCUGGGUUUCAAAAAGAUCUGACAUGCUGACAAAUCCAGCUCCUCAUAAAUCUUGUUUGAAGGACUUGUGGGAAGUGGUAUUCCUUACUAUUAGAUCACGCCUCUUAAUAACUACAUGUUAACGUCCAGCCUUUUAUCUGUUUGAGUAAUUGUAGGGAUAGAAAGUGAAGCCCCCAGAGUUAGGUGCAAGUAUAGCACCCAGCUGAAAGGCAUCAUGAAGUCUAACGACCUUCUACAGAAGGGGCAAUCCUUUGGGUUAUUUCUGGUGUACCGCUGUCUUCUCUACCUCGGUCCAACACCACCUCCCUUGGACGAAAAAUAAAACAAGCAACAGCUAUCAGAUGAGUGAAUAGAUUUGGAUGAUUUUUCCCACAGGGAAUAAGCCUCAAAUGUUCAUGUUUUAUGCUGUCCCCUUUAAAAAGAGUCUCUAUGUU